AAGCGGAUUAUUUUCCGUCAUAUGAUCAAAAUAAAGCUCAAACUGUUAUAUCGAAACCAUUAAUUUGACUGCUUUAUAUAUUAUAUUUAAAUAACUUAAUCAACAUAUUAUAUGGAGAAACCAAUUGAAAGGCAUUUAGAUGAGUUGUAAGUCAAUUUAAUCUGCUUAUGCUUAUUUUGAAUAAUACAAAAUGAGCGAUAUUUUAUUCAUUAGAGUUCAUCAGGAGGAUGUCAGAGCGGCUGUAUGUCUAGAUUCUCAAGGAAUGAUAUUGGCUUCGAAGAAAGCAUCAUCAACAGAACUCAAACUUAGUAGUGUUUUGUCUGCCAUACCAGAUCGGGCGCAGGAACUUCAAAAAGACAGAGCUGAGGUGCCAGUUGUUAUUUUAGAAACAGAUUCAAAGUAA